AUGUCCGCCCCUUGCGCUUCAUGGAUCGUCUCGACCCCCAUUGAAUCAAGUCCCCCUUCAUCUAACCAGAGCAAUUUCAACAUAAAUUCUAAUUAUUACAGCCGGUCUACUUCCUCCCUCUUCUUAAAAUCUCGAUCUCAAUUCCGGUCCCGAAUCCAAUCACGCGCCUUCUCCCACCUCCUCUCCCGACAACAAUCUACACCCCCAUCCUCCGCAGAUUCACAACCAUCGACGCUCCUCCGCCUCCUCCAGCCCACUACCGCUACUGCCUCUCCCACUGCGCAAUCCACUACAAUUAGAGCGACAACAACCAGUUCCCCGCUACUAUCACUAUUAACAUCGUCUUUUACCGGCGGUAUUCCUACUCGCCCGUUCUCCUCCUCCGCAGCGCUCGGGGCGAAGCGGGAUACAUACAACCCUAGCCGCCGCGUGCAGAAGCGCCGCCAUGGCUUCCUGGCGAGAUUGAAGAGUCAUAGUGGGCGAAAGAUUUUGGCGAGGAGACGGGCGAAAGGGAGGAAGUAUUUGAGCUGGUAGAUGGAGAGGGUGUUUUUCCUUUCAAUGACAUCUUUUUUUUUUCUUUUCUUGCUAUUUGUUACUGCUGUUAUUUAUGCUGAAUUUUUGUUUAUAAAUGAAAUACUUGAUUGGGCUGGUUUGGAUUUUCCGGGACGGAGAUGUGUGGAGAUUUCAUGCUUCGUUCGGGCUUUGCUGUGUACGAUAUGCACAGGAUAGAUGCGGUAAAGAGAGUUGGGGAGGACGAUUGAAUCUACCGAAUUCGGUGCCUGUUCCUCCCACUAUUUGCGCCGCGGGGCGUGUUUGGAUGU